AUGAAGUUCUUAGGAUUUAUGUUCUUCGAGAAGGACUCGGUCGACCAAUACCCAGGCGUCCUGGUCCCCCUCGCACAAGCCUCGCGCCAUCCCACCGUUGCAGCAGAAUACGCUCGUCGUCGUUCCGCCGAAGGUCGUAAUGAAGAUGGCACGCCUGCAGAAAAGAAGCACGAUGGUAAGGGUGACGGGGAUACCGAGGAUGGAGUCCUGCGAACUUCGAGCGCGGGUUAUGAUCCAUAUACCGUUGAAGGUCUGCGUGCCGAGGUCAUGGAAGAUGCUUCGUCUGGUGGACAUGAUACGGCUUAUGACUUGAAAUCUAAGGUGAUCAACAAGGCCAUCCAGGAUAUUGGCAUGGGAAAGUAUAACUGGGAGCUGUUCGUCCUUUGCGGUUUUGGUUGGUUCGCUGAUAACCUCUGGCUUCAAGGCGUUGCUUUGACGCUUCCAUCUUUGCAAGAAGAAUUUGGCGUAGCCGAAACUACCGUCAGAUACACAACUUGCUCCCUUUUCAUCGGUCUCUGCAUCGGUGCCAGUUUCUGGGGCAUUGGAUCAGAUAUCAUGGGCCGCAGAAUUGCCUUCAACAUGACCUUGUUCCUUGCAGGUGUUUUUGGAAUUGCCGCUGGAGCUGCUCCAUCUUGGAUAGGUGCAUGUGCAUUGUUUGCUGCUCUCGGAGUUGGUGUCGGCGGUAACUUGCCAGUCGACGGUGCGCUUUUCCUGGAGUUUCUCCCCAACGCCUCAGGAGGACUUCUCACACUCCUUUCUGUCUGGUGGCCAGUCGGUCAAUUGGUUGCAUCCUUGAUCGCUUGGGCUUUCCUCGGUGGUAACUACGCAGUUGACGAGGGCUGGAGAUACUUCGUCUACACCAUGGGAGCCAUGACUUUCGUCAUGUUCCUUUCUCGAUUCUUGCUAUUCCAUCUUUACGAAUCUCCAAAAUUUCUAUUGUCAAGAGGUCGCCAAGCUGAAGCCGUAGCUGUCGUUCACGGUAUGGCUUUUAAGAACAAGACAACCACAUGGCUCACGGAGGAAAUUCUGAACGAGAUCGGUGGCGACCCUGCCGUUGUAGCAGAUUCGACUCUUACAACCAAGGAAAUCAUUCGCCGCAAGCUGUCAUCUUUCUCUACUGAGCGUAUUGGCCCUCUCUUUGCUUACAAGAAGCUUGGAUGGACUACUGGAUUGGUCUGGUUUUGUUGGGUUACCAUUGGAAUGGGAUAUCCUCUCUUCAAUGCCUUCCUCCCGCAAUAUCUUGCCCGAGGUACCAAUUCAAGCGGAGAGACAAUCUCCAGUUACGAGACCUACCGAAAUUAUGCUAUUACUUCGGUCGUUGGAGUUCCUGGAUCGAUCAUCGCUUGCUAUACUGUUGAUAUCAAGUACAUUGGUCGCAAGGGUACGAUGGCCUUCUCAACAAUGAUGUCCGGAAUCUUCCUCUUCCUGUUCACCAUCUCUGCUGAUUCGGACUACCAACUCGCAUUCUCAUCACUAGAGGCAUUCUUCCAGAACAUUAUGUACGGUGUUCUCUACGCCUACACACCCGAAGUCUUCCCCGCUCCAAACAGAGGAACCGGUACUGGAAUCGCAAGCAUGUUGAACCGUAUUGCGGGACUCUGCGCUCCCAUCAUUGCAGCCAAUAUCCCCAAUGCCAACCCUAGUGCUCCCGUAUUUGUUAGUGGCGGAUUGUUCUUGGCAGCUUUUGUUGCUAUGUUGUGUUUCCCUAUUGAGACGAGAGGGAAGCAGAUGCUGUAG